GGACAGCGCCCUCGGCUCUGCUGCUCCAGGACAGCGCCCUCGGCUCUGCUGCUCCACUUUGAUGUUAAACGAGGCCUCGGGAGUCACGUGAUCCUCGGGUGUGCGGGGGGAGGGGGAGAUCACGUGACGGCACAGGAGACGCUGGAACUACUCACCCCAACAUGGAUUGCAUCAUCCGUCCAGCCGAACCUCAAGAUUCCCCCCAUAUAAUGAGGAUGAUCCAGGAGCUGGCUGAGUACGAGAAGAUCACCCACUUUAUCCGGCUGACCGAGGAAGUUCUGCAUCGGGAUGGAUUCGGGGAGUCUCCUUGGUUUCGUUGUGUUGUUGCCGAAAUACCGGAGAUUGAAAGAAGUGAAAGCGGGGGGCCUUUCGCUGGUUAUGCCUUGUUUGCCAACAGUUACAGCAGCUGGACGGGCCGAACCCUACAUCUGGAGGAUCUGUACGUCACCCCAAAGUUCAGAGGUCGCGGUUUGGGGAGGCGGCUGAUGAAGAAAGUAGCGCAGGAAGGUGUGAGGUCCGGCUGCUCUCAGAUCCACCUCUCUGUGCUGAAGUGGAACCAUCCGGCCAUUAGCCUCUACCGCUCCCUGGGGGCGGAGAACCUGACAGAAGAGCCCGGCUACCAAGUCAUGAGUUUCCAGGAGGAGGCGCUGAGGAACAUGGCAGCAGAGGAGCCUCAGUAACCCCAGGUCUGGCAGGAAGUACACCGAGCCCCGACGUCUAUAGGAGGAGAAGAGCUCAGGGGGGAGCCUCAGACCGGACCGUCAUCUGCCGUCCAGAUCUGAAAUACUCUGUGCUGCUGAUGUGAGAUGUGAAUCCGGUGAUACCCAGUCUCCUCAGAUGUAGAGAUUGGGUAGAAGUCAUCAGUGUAGCCCUAAAUAACUGUACCCAUCAGAGCGCCCCAUAAACACUUAAUUCAGCCGUAUUCUUGUCAGUUUGAUGAUCAUUGAGCUUUAAUGAGUGUUUAUGAGGUCAGAGAUGAGAGCUACACAUGAGCUGUCAGCUGAAGAGAGUCAAAGAAUACAGAACAACACGGCUUUGAACUGACUAUAUUUUAACUC